UUUCGUUGUCAACGUCAACGUUGAGUUGACUGGACGUCAAAGUGAUAAAGUCGAGUUUGUUUUACAAUUAAUUUUGAUUUUCUUAGUUUAUGGGAGCAAAAUUAUCUGUAUUACUAUAAUAAAUUUAAAAAAAUAAUAAUAAAAAAUAGAAAAACGUAAAAGCAUGCAUUUGAGAAAAGUAAAUAGCAUACGCUGAAUUGGGAUUGCAUGUAACAAAAUUAGUAAAGGUUUUAAAUAAGGUCAUAACUAACAAAAUAAACACUGAAUUGAGCCACUGGUAUAAAGGAAAAGAAAACGAUACCAAUAAUUUGAUUGAUAAUCGGUUUUUACCUUCAUAGUAAACACUUCUGUUUGCUAUUAGAAGUGGAUCAAGAGUCAUAUAACCGUAAACCGUGGAGUGGCUGAAGUGAAGUUGCAGUGAGAUUACUACAAAAACAUGUCGAACGAAGAUAUGCUAUAUGCAAAGGGUUCCAAAAUUUGGGUACCGCACCCAGAGCAGGUAUGGGAAAGUGCUACAGUUCAACGGGAUUAUCACAAAGGCGACAUUACUAUACAAAUUAUCAAAGAUUCUGGCAGUUCAGUCGAACUCUCCAUAAAACCCGACGGAAGUAAUUUGCCACCAUUAAGAAAUCCCGCCAUACUAAUCGGACAAAAUGAUCUGACGGCUAUGUCCUAUCUUCAUGAACCAGGCGUGUUACACAAUUUGAAAGUACGUUUCUGUGAACGACAAAUUAUUUACACAUACUGUGGCAUCAUACUAGUGGCCAUAAAUCCGUAUGCCGAACUUCCACUUUAUGGUCCAAGUAUAAUACGUGCUUAUCGCGGUCGAUCGAUGGGUGAGUUAGAGCCACAUAUAUUUGCCUUAGCUGAGGAAGCAUAUACAAAACUUGAGCGAGAAAAAUGCGAUCUUAGCAUAAUUGUGAGUGGAGAAUCGGGUGCUGGUAAAACAGUAUCUGCAAAGUAUGCGAUGCGUUAUUUUGCAGCAGUUGGAGGGUCUGAAUCUGAAACGCAAGUUGAGCGCAAAGUACUUGCUUCAUCUCCAAUAAUGGAAGCUUUCGGAAACGCUAAAACUACGCGCAAUGAUAAUAGUUCGCGUUUUGGUAAAUUUACGAAACUACUUUUUAAAAAUAAUAUGAGUGUAAUGAAUCUUACGGGAGCAACAAUGCACACUUAUUUGCUGGAAAAAUCACGUGUCGUAUUUCAAGCACCUGGUGAGCGAAACUAUCACAUUUUCUAUCAACUCUGUGAUGCGCGAGAUAUACAUCCUGAGCUAAUACUAGAUCAUCAAGACAAGUUUGAAUACCUAAAAAUGGGACAAUCGCCCGAUAUUGAUAGAGUUUCAGACAAAGAACAAUUCAGGGAUACCAUCCAAGCUAUGACUGUGCUGGGUUUCAGCAACUUGCAGAUAACAGAUAUCUUAAAUAUUCUUGCCGGCAUAUUGCAUCUAGGCAAUAUAAAAUUUAUUCCGCAGUGCAAAAAAGGGACCGAUGAAAUAGAUCCUGAUGGUUGUGAAAUUUUUCAUAAUGAUCUGCACCUCCAUGUGGCUGGCGAGAUGUUAAAGAUUAACUCGGAUGAUUUACGGAAAUGGUUGAAGACACGUCAAAUUGAAUCAGUUAAUGAGAACGUACUUAUACCGAAUAGUGUUGCCACUGCACAAGCGGCCAAAGAUGCACUCGCAAAACACAUAUAUGCUAAACUCUUUCAGUACAUUGUGCUAGUAAUUAAUAAAAGCCUAAACACUGCUAGUCGAAAGCAAAACAGUUUUAUUGGCGUGUUGGAUAUUUACGGGUUUGAGACUUUCGAAGUGAAUUCGUUUGAACAGUUUUGCAUUAAUUAUGCAAAUGAAAAGCUGCAGCAACAAUUCAAUCAACAUGUUUUCAAAUUGGAACAGGAGGAGUAUUUGAAAGAAGGCAUAACAUGGACAAUGAUUGACUUCUACGAUAAUCAGCCAUGUAUAGACUUAAUUGAAUCUAAGUUGGGAGUUUUAGAUCUUUUGGACGAGGAAUGUCGAAUGCCAAAAGGAAGUGACGAAAGUUGGGCUGGGAAACUGAUUGAAAAAUGCAAUAAAUAUCCACACUUUGAAAAGCCACGUUUUGGCACUACAAGCUUUUACAUCAAACAUUUUUCCGACACCGUUGAAUAUGAUGUAUAUGGAUUUCUUGAAAAGAAUCGGGACACUGUGUCGAAAGAACUUGUCAAUGUUAUACGCCAAUCGGAGAUGUCCUUAUGCAAACAAUUGAUGGAGAUGGAAGAAGUCGAUACGCUGUGCGCAGAUGCAGCGAAGGUAACAACACUUGGUGGACGAGUGGUAAUCAGCGCGGCUAGGCAACAGUUAACCGCCGACAACCGCAAACGAAUCGCUCCAUCAAAACAACACCGUCGUUCAGUUGGCUCACAGUUUAGAGAAAGCCUGUCGUCGUUAAUAUCUACAUUGCAUGCCACUACACCACAUUACGUGCGUUGCAUAAAGCCCAACGAAGACAAAGUGGCCUUCAAGUGGGAGGCCGCAAAAAUUGUGCAACAAUUGCGUGCUUGUGGUGUACUUGAAACAGUGCGUAUCUCUGCUGCUGGUUUCCCAUCUCGCUGGUCCUACCAUGAUUUUUAUAUGCGCUAUCAGUUACUAUGCCACCGUUCUUUGGUCAACAAAAAUGAGUUGAAACAAUCGUGCCACAAUAUUAUCACCAAAUGGAUUAUUGACCCAGACAAAUAUCGUUUCGGCAAUACGCAAAUAUUUUUCCGUGCUGGCCAAGUUGCCUUCUUGGAGCAGGUGCGCGCGAACUUGCGUAAAAAGUACAUAACGACUAUUCAGUCGGUGGUGCGUCGGUUCAUACAUCGCCGUCGCUUUCAGCGAUUGCAGCGCACAGCGCUCGGUAUACAACGUUAUGCGCGCGGUUACUUGGCGCGCCAGAAAGCGCAACAUAUGCGCGAGGAACACGCAGCUGUCGUUAUAUCGAAGUAUGCUCGCGGUUGGCUGUGUCGUCGGCGCUAUUUGCGAUUACGCCAUACUAUUUGUGGCAUACAACAGUAUGCACGUGGCAUGUUGGCACGCCGGCGCUUUCAGGAGGCUAUGGAUCAUUAUCGCGCUGUGCAAAUUCAACGAUUCGUGCGUGGCUAUUUGGCGAGACGUGCUUAUCUGAAGAGGCGCCAUGCUAUCAUUGUCUGCCAAUCAGCAGUGCGGCGAUUUUUGGCGCGUCGACAAUUUAGGAGUCUAAAGGCUGAAGCGAAAACUAUUUCGCAUAUUCAAAAAAGGUAUAAGGGACUCGAAAACAAAAUCAUAUCUAUGCAACAGAAAAUUGAUGAGCUGAAUCGCGAAAACGGUAGUCUAAAAUCAAAGUCGAGUGAAAUUUCUGUGCUCAAAAUGAAGCUUGAAGUGAAAAAAACGUUAGAGCUCGAGGUGCGUAACCUCAAAUCAAUCGUAGCUGAAAAGGAUCAGAAUUUGACUGCACUAAACAAGCAAUUGGAGCUUGAGCGCGAUGAAAAAAUGCAAUUGCUAGAGGAGAAAGACCACUCCGAGGAAGAUUGGGUGCGACAAAAGCAGGCUUGGCGCAUGGAAAAUAUCGAAUUGCGUAAACAGAUCGAUGACAUGAUCGAAAUGGCCAAGAAUGUCGAAACAAAAGCCAAUUUGCGCAGCGAACGAUCGUUCUCUGAAGUUGAAACCAACGAAAUAAAUGAGGCUUAUCAGCGUGCAAUUAAGGAGAAAGAAAUCAUAGAAAAUGAGAACUAUAUGCUUAAGGAAGAGUUGAGCCGACACUUGAAACCCAAUGGCACACGUGAAAAUAAUCAGCAUUCACGUUCCGUAAGUAACGCAUCGAGCCAAAAUGAAGACGACGUCGGCUAUGUUUCCGCAAAGAAUACGCUCGAGCUGAAACGUAACCAAGGUGGAGAGAACGCAAAUCAAAUAUCACCAGAAACAUUUACUACAAUCGAAACUACAUCAACACCGAAAUCGGGUCAGACAAGUUUAAUUUUAAAAUUACGCAGCAUUCUCGAAGAGGAGAAAAAGAAAAAUAAAUUGUUAAAUGAACAAUUGGAACGCCUAAUGAAACGAAACAGACAAACUGAAGAUUCUAUUCGGGUUUCGGAACUGGAGGUGGAAAAUGAAAAAUUACGCAGCGACUAUGAUCUGUUGCGCAGCAGCAUCCAUCAUGGAUCCGAGAUGCACGAAUUAGAAGCUCAAUAUCAAGCAUUGCAAGAGGAAUUACGGCGCCGUCGUGAUGAGUGCAUUCAACUCAAGGCAGUAUUGCAACAGCAAAGCCAAUCGCUUAAGUCCUUGGGCACAACCGGCGUUUCCCUGCGUGGUGUAGAUCUAAAGAACUUGAAUGACAAUGAAUUGAUCGAGGCUUUCCAAGCACAAAAGCUGGUUAAUCGCCAAUUGGAAUCUGAAUUGAGUGCCUUAACCGAAGAGAAUAACGCACAUCUUGCUGAUUUAACACGGCAAAUUGAUGAAUUGCGCCACGAAAAGGCACAACUACAGGAACUACUGCACAAUGGGCUGGAAGUUGACGACAGUAACAUUGAGUUAUUGCGCCAGAAUGAACGCUAUCUACGCUAUGAACUGCAGCGUUCAUUUGUCCAAUACUCACAGUUACAGGAGGAAAUGAAUGCUGUAACUCGCAAAUUUGAUGCGCUAAAGCAGGGUAACGAUAAGUUAAUGUUCAAGCUUCAAGAACAUGGAAUUCCUCAAGAUGGCAAUAAUAAAGAAAGCGAUAAAAAAGCUGUGGCGAGUGUGAGUAAACAGAGGAUCCAAAAUUAUCAAGGUGUCAUGAAGUUCCGCAUUGAAGACGUGGAUAAGAUACUUCAACGUCUGGUAGGUGGUAUGACACCGCGACUUGCUAUUGGACUGUUGCCAGGCUUUCCCGCUUACGUAAUAUUUAUGUGCAUUCGUUAUACCGAUCUGAUAAAUGCUGAUGACGACGUACGUGAGCUGCUAAGUAAAUUUGUGAUGCAAAUCAAAAAAAUUCAUCGUAAUCCCAAUGUCAUCGAAAUGCGAUCGCUCUGGUUGGUUAAUUCCAUCACGCUGCUCAAUUUAUUGAAACAGUAUGGUGAUGUUGAAGAAUAUGUCAAAUUCAAUACAGAAAAACAAAAUCAACAACAACUAAAGAACUUUAAUCUGUAUGAGUAUCGCCGCGUUAUAUUAGACAUAAUUAUCAGCCUAUACCAGGUGUUGGUGAAGCAGAUACAGACCUUGCUUGAGCAAUAUAUAGUGCCUGCCAUACUCGAUAAUGACGAAAUCCAGCGUAGCAGGCAGGUGCAAGGUGUGCGUGGCCGUACUGCCUCAAUGGAUUCGACGUCAUCACCCGAGCAUGGCAAAGUAGCUGCUUGGAAGCUGCUCAUCAAUCACCUGGAACAAUUUUACAAGCAAUUCCAACACUUUGGCUUAGAUCGCUGUUACUCGGAGCAGAUUUUCCAUCAAUUACUGUUCUUCAUUUGCGCUGUAGCGUUGAAUUGUCUGAUGUUGCGCGGUGAUAUUUGCAUGUGGGAGACCGGUAUGAUAAUACGAUAUAAUUUAGGAUACAUUGAGGAUUGGGUGCGAAGCAAAAAAAUGUCGACUGAUGUGUUGGCACCAUUGGCUCCGCUCAAUCAAGUCUCACAACUGCUACAAUCCCGCAAGAGCGAACAAGACGUGCAGAGUAUUUGUGAUUUAUGCACAUCAUUGAAUACAGCACAAGUGUUGAAGGUGAUGAAAUCAUACAAAUUGGAUGAUUAUGAGAGUGAAAUAACGAACACAUUUUUGGAGAAACUCACCAAAAAGCUAAAUGAGCGUCCAAUGAUUAAAAACGACGAAUUUACUAUGGAUCAGAAAUUCAUACAUCCUUUCAAAGUCGUUUUCAAGUACAGUGAUGUGAAAUUGGAAGAUAUUGAAUUGCCGAAACAUUUAGGUCUUGAAGAUUUACUCACAAAAAUCUAAUUGAACCGUAAACGGAUGCGCUACCACACAAAUGUGUGAUAAUACUGAACAUUAACAGCCUAAUUGAUCCACCCUCCGACGAAAAACAACAAAAUCAUACACAAAUACUACAUUUAUGCAGACAAAUUCGCUUAGAAUUAGUAAAAUCAUUGAGAAUUUCAGGAAAAACAUGGUAAUCUUAAAUGUUAUUGUUGUUAUAGAAAAAAGUGUACCUUGCGCAGCUUGUUGCCAUUGAAAAACACAUAUUCAAGUAAUGAUAAUGAGAACUUAUGAAUAUUCUCUUAUACAACAGAGUAUUGUAAAUGUAAAAUACCUAAAAAAGUAGUGCUAAUAUAUAUAUAUACAAAGAAAAUGCAUAGCAUAUUCUUAAAUUACUAAAUAUUUACAUUUUAAUUAAUUUAAAUUAUUUGUGUUAUCAUAAAUUAAUCUAUUAUAUUUAAAAAAACUAUACGUAUAUUUAUGAAGACUUGUCUUGAAAAAAUGCAAAAUUAGAAAAAAUGUACUUCCAUUGCCAAGCCUUAGAGGUUAUCAACAAUGAACGCAGAACCUAUUUAUAUAUGUAUUUAUCCCUAUUAGUUAAUUUAGUCCUCGCCGAAUCAAUAUAUGCAUAUUUAGAUGUGUAGUACUAUAGGUAACCCCUCCUGGUACUCGAUAGUAUUAUUGGAAUGAAUUAUGUUUGAAUUUAUAUACUAUACAAUUUAAUUCAGAAAUUGAAGAUAUUUUGAAUUUUUUUGGGUCUGUAGUUAAUGAGGGAACGUUUUGAAUAUAUUAAUAACGAUAAUGAUGGUAAAACCACAGCAACGUAGUUGCCUUAUUGUUGGUUAGCAGCAACAGCAAUAACUGAGUAUGUGUUAGUGAGAAAUCGUACAUGUGAUAACUAAAAAGAGAAUGGAUUAUUUAUACACAUACAUACAUGCAUACUUACAUAUGUGAAUUUAAAAAGACAUUACAUCUUUAGACAUAUUUAUUAUACACAUAUACAUUUAUUAUAUAUACUGAUAUAAAAUCCAACUGCCCGCACUAAAAAGUUUAGCAAA